CCGAGCCGGAGCAGCCGAGGGGAGCGAGGGAGGAGGCGGGGGCAGUGAGAGCCGCCGUUUCCCGUUCCCAACUACGAGCCCGAGUUUGUCCAUGGGGCUGCUCGGCGGCGCCUGCGGCUGAGGGAGAGCAGCGGCGGAGGCGGCCGAGGUGCGAGCCGCCGAGAACAUUUGGGAUGCGUUCAGGCGCUCUCCAGUGAAGUGAUUUUUGCAGCCAUUUCUUCGCGUGGAAUCUUGGAAGCGCUCGUUCGGAAACUUGCAUCGGGGGAACACACCGCGAGAGCAGCAAUGCAGCAAGUCUUGGAAAACCUUACGGAGCUGCCCUCAUCUACAGGAGCAGAAGAAAUAGACCUCAUUUUCCUGAAGGGGAUUAUGGAGAAUCCGAUUGUAAAAUCACUUGCUAAGGCUCAUGAGAAACUUGAAGACUCGAAACUAGAAGCUGUCAGUGACAAUAACUUGGAAUUAGUCAAUGAAAUUCUGGAGGAUAUCACUCCUCUCAUAAACGUGGAUGAAAAUGCGGCAGAACUGGUUGGCAUACUCAAAGAACCACACUUCCAGUCACUCUUGGAAGCCCAUGACAUUGUGGCAUCAAAGUGUUAUGAGUCCCCUCCAUCAAGCCCAGAAAUGAAUAACUCUUCUAUCAAUAAUCAGUUGUUACCUGUGGAUGCCAUUCGUAUUCUUGGUAUUCACAAAAGAGCUGGGGAGCCAUUGGGUGUAACGUUUAGAGUUGAGAACAAUGACUUGGUGAUUGCCAGAAUCCUUCAUGGAGGAAUGAUAGAUCGACAAGGUCUGCUUCAUGUGGGAGAUAUCAUUAAAGAAGUCAACGGCCAUGAGGUUGGAAACAAUCCAAAGGAGUUACAGGAAUUACUGAAAAAUAUUAGUGGAAGUGUCACUUUAAAAAUUUUACCAAGUUAUAGAGAUACUAUUACUCCUCAACAGGUGUUUGUGAAGUGUCAUUUUGAUUAUAAUCCAUACAAUGAUAACCUGAUACCCUGCAAAGAAGCAGGACUGAAGUUUUCCAAAGGAGAAAUUCUUCAGAUUGUAAACAGAGAAGAUCCAAACUGGUGGCAGGCCAGCCAUGUAAAAGAGGGAGGAAGCGCCGGUCUCAUUCCAAGCCAGUUCCUGGAAGAGAAGAGGAAGGCAUUUGUCAGAAGAGACUGGGACAAUUCAGGACCUUUCUGUGGAACUAUAAGUAGCAAAAAAAAGAAAAAGAUGAUGUAUCUUACGACCAGAAAUGCAGAAUUUGAUCGUCAUGAAAUCCAGAUAUACGAGGAGGUAGCCAAAAUGCCUCCCUUCCAGAGAAAAACGUUAGUGUUGAUAGGGGCUCAAGGUGUGGGCCGAAGAAGCUUGAAAAACAGGUUCAUAGUAUUGAAUCCUACCAGAUUUGGAACAACAGUGCCAUUUACUUCAAGAAAACCAAGGGAAGAUGAAAAAGAUGGCCAGGCAUAUAAAUUUGUGUCGCGGUCUGAGAUGGAAGCAGACGUGAAAGCUGGGAAGUACCUGGAGCAUGGGGAAUAUGAAGGCAAUCUCUAUGGAACCAAGAUUGAUUCUAUUCUCGAAGUUGUCCAAACUGGACGGACUUGUAUUUUGGACGUCAACCCACAAGCACUGAAAGUGUUGCGGACCUCGGAGUUCAUGCCCUAUGUGGUGUUCAUUGCUGCCCCCGAGCUGGAGACUUUACGCGCCAUGCACAAGGCCGUGGUGGAUGCAGGAAUUACCACCAAGCUUUUGACGGACUCUGACUUGAAGAAAACAGUGGAUGAAAGUGCCCGGAUUCAGAGAGCCUACAACCACUAUUUUGAUUUGAUCAUCGUGAAUGACAAUCUAGACAAAGCCUUUGAGAAGCUACAGACUGCCAUAGAGAAACUGAGGAUGGAGCCCCAGUGGGUCCCAAUCAGCUGGGUUUACUGACAGUUCAGUAAGGUUAACAGUUAACACUUGAAAAGUGACUGAACAAAUAAACCUUCUGCUGAGAAAAACACAUGUACAGAUAGAAGAUACCUGCUAAGCCCAGGCAUUUUUAUUGUGUAGAAUGAAAUAACUGUAUACUAUUCUGAAUUUUUAUAUAAAAUGUGGUUGGGAAGGUGUACUAAUAUAUAAUUUAUCUUAAUUUUUCUAACUUUUUAUGGAUAAUCUUUCUAUUCAUAUCACAUAAAGAAAUGCGUUGAAGCAUUUUGUAUAUGUUUUGAUUUAGUACCCUUGCCUUUUUCAUCAAAGGAAUUUUCAGAUCAUUCACUCUGACAUUGGUCUCACAUUUUCACUGUGAUAAUGAAUACUUGAAGUAGUUUUGUAAAGCUGUCAUUUAGUUCCGUAUUUAACCAGUGAAGGGUUCAUUACUCUUCUUAGGAGAAAGUAGUAGUUAUUGAUCCUCCUUCUUAAUUAAAUAUCCUACAGAAGCAGAAUUUUAAUGGCAGUGCUACAGCCAGUCUACUACCAUCUAAACCUGACAUUAGAAGUCUGUCUAGUGCCACAUAUUUCCGUUAUUUCAGCCAUGUAUGGCUAUCCACUCUAAUUUUUACAGAUACCAGUUCUUUCCUUCAUUUAUGUCAUUAGAAAAUGAGCAAUACCUUGCCCUCUCUUACGAGGUUAUUAUUUUCAUUUGGUAGUUACAUGCUGAACACUCGCUAAUUUAACAUGCACAUGGUAAGCUCUGGGGUUGGAAACAAGGUCACGGAGACUUGAGAGUGCCUUAUCCUGUAAAACCUUGCAGCAAAGUGACACUUGAAGAAAGUUUAUUUUCACACGUAAAGUUUAAUGGACAGAGGUGAACCUACUAAUUUGGACAGGUUUUGAUUUUCUUAUAUGUUGUGUAUUAGGUUGUGGUCCGCCAAAGUCUCAUGCCUCCACACAUAUCUGAGAUAUUCCUCUGAGGUUGCAAUUGGGGGUUUUUGUGAAUGCUCAGCGUGUGUUUUGAAAUGUGAUGUGAUAAUUAGGGUAUAUAUCCUUGUUAUGUUGAAAACAAAUCAGUUCAACAAUUUAUACAAUUUGGAAAUAACUGUAAGCUGUUGUAUACAUAUGCACACACACACAUAAUAUAAACACUAUAUAAUAUGUACUAUAUAUUAUAUAGUAUAUAUGAACAUUUUUAACAUUUCUGUUAGGGAAUAUACUUGGUUUAAUGAUUAGGAAAAAAAUUCUUUAGAUAGCUUUAUAUAAUGUACAAAUUGUCACAUUCACCUCAUUUAGUAUCUUCCUUUAGCAUUUUUGGAUGCGAUAAAUUCAGAAACAUAUUCAAGAGAUGCAGCUCAUCAUUAAACUAAGUUAACUAUAUUUCCUACUGCUGCUGGCUUCUCACACAAUCUUCACUCUUAAAGCACCAGGUGCUCAGAUACUAGCGUUUGUCUGGUGACAAGCACCAGGUGCCCAGCGGCUGAGUUUUUCUCCUUCACCAAAGCUGUCACGGGGAAUGCCAGUUAGGAGGAUUUUAAGGGAAGGGAAUAUACAAGCAGUACUCACAGGCUGUUUUAGAAACAGCUCUUCAUGAUACCCAAGUUGCUGUAUUGUUGAGAUUAGAAAUCUGUAGGGUUCUUGUUAUUUUUUUAAUUCUAGAAUUUCAUAGCCAAGAACACAAAUUCAUGUUCCUUGUGCUGAGACAGGAAUUUGUUGACAAAUUUUUGUCAACUCUGGAAGCUUUUAAAGCACAUAUAUUUCUACCAAAUUCUUGGCUUCUCAAAGCAACAUGCAUCAAAGCACACAGUAUGAAGGUGAUAUCCUAUGACUUAAUGUUUCAACACACUACAAAUGUUAGGGGACAUUUUCAGUUCUGCACUCUCAGGAAAUGUGCUGUAUUCCCUGGUGCACCUUUGCACUGCUGUGUGGAGCUAGUUUAAAUAGCUUCGGCAUAAUUGUAGCAGUGCAAGAAGUUGAUCUGCAAAGUAUUUCAACCAUGUUGGUGCAGUAGAGAUGACUUCUGCCUCAUAAAUAUUUUAGCCUUAUCAUGUAAUAUAGAAAUGCGUAUUGUUUAGAAAAUAGCCACUUAAAGGAAUUAUUUCUAUCAAUGGUGUUCAUGAAUUACUAUAUUUUUUUUAAAGAUUUAUUUAUUUAUUUGAAAGAGUUACACAGAGAGGGGAGAGGCAGAAACAGAGGCAGGGGGUCUUCCAUCUAAUGGUUCACUCCCCAAUUAGCCACAAUGGCCAGAGCUGCGCCGAUCUGAAGCCAGGAGCCAGGAGCUUCAUCUGGGUCUCCCAUGUGGGUGCAGGGGCCCAAGGACUUGGGCCAUCUUCCACUGCUUUCCCAGGCCAUAGCAGAGAGCUGGAUUGGAAGUGGAGCAUCUGGGUCUCAAACCAGCGCCCAUAUGGGAUGCCAGUGCUUCAGGCCAGGGCAUUAACCCACUGCGCCACAGCGCAGGCCCCCAUGAUUUACUAUUUAAUUAGUGCAUAUUAGAGUUCUAAUAUAAAUGGAAAUGAUGCAGUUUAGUUCCUUUCAGUCUAGCUGAAAAACAUAAAUUUAGAAAAGCUCCUUGUAUUUCAGUGAAGGGUCACCUGACUUGAAACCCAGGUCCUGCCUGAUUCUGAAGGAACCAGCAGUGUUCUGCUGGGGAGAGUAGGCCCAGAGGCCCCAGGGUUCUUCCUAGGGAACAGGAGCAUGGCUGGGACGUAGGAAAUGCGAAGUCUGGAGAAAGAUCUAAGACAAUCCGCCUUCGUGGUCCACAGGGCUGCUGAACCGUGGUGACAGCUAAGGACAGACACAGGUGCGGACGCUUUAGGGGACACGUUGUGCCAGAGCAUGCGUGCGCCUGAGGUCCUCAUGGACAGAGGUGCUCGCCUCAGCACCUAGGGCAGGGCUGCUUACUUACACGUGACUGAAGGUGUACAGGUAUUUUUUUCAUUUUUAAAUGUACAAAAUACCUGUAGAAGUGAUGUCCCUGGAUGCGUCAUUUAUCUGUAACUAGUGGACUGACAUGCCCUUCAAGUAGAAUUGCUGCCUUCAUUGCGAUCAUGCCUUUGUAUAGCUGCAUGUCUUAUUGAUAUUUGGAUAAUGUCAGUCAAAUACAUCAGGACUUUGUUUUGUUCAGUCCUGACUACACAACAGGUGAACACAGCUUCCUCAAGCAGGAAUUAUAUCAGAAAUCCACUGUGAUUACAGCAAUAGCAUCCUUAAACCCUAGAUUUUACACUCAAGUCAAUUUUCUUUCUUUCUUUCUUUUUUUUUUUUUUUUUUUUUUUUUUGACAGGCAGUUAGACAGAGAGAAAGGUCUUCCUUCCGUUGGUUUACCCCCCAAAUGGCCGCUACGGCCGGCCCACACCGCACCGAUCCGAAGGCAGGAGCCAGGUACUUCCUCCUGGUCUCCCAUGCGGGUGCAGGGCCCAAGCACUGGGGCCAUCCUCCACUGCCUUCCUGGGCCACAGCAGAGAGCUGGCCUGGAAGAGGAGCAACCGGGACUAGAACCCGGGGUGCUGGCGCCGCAGGCGGAAGAUUAGCCAAGUGAGUCGCGGCAAUGCCUCAAGUCAAUUUUCAAGAGCCUAUAUGAAAAGUUUCUUUUGAGCUGGCCAGUUAGUGAAAGAGAUGUAGAAAAUAACCUACAUCACCAGUAGUGGAACUGCAUGGCACAGUGGGUUAAGGGUCAGGUCCUAACCGCUUUGACCAUAAUGUCCCAGUGACAGUUAAAAACAAUCCUUGUUAUAAAAAACCAGGAAAAUGCUAAUUUUUAGUUAUAGUAACGAAUGUCAUUGAUCUGGUGAUUGGAGUUAAUUUUUAAGAUGGAUAGCCGUAUCCACUUAGGUGUAAUAAUUUUGAGUCAACAAACACUGAUAAGUUUAGAAAACUUGUCAAAAUAUAAUCAACUUAUAUUUUGUUUUUAUGAUUUCUGAAACAGCGCUCCAUUAUUCCAUUAAUCACAGGCUAGAGAGCCAAUGAUUUUUGUAGGAAUAAACCUUUAUACUAAAUAUGGCAGUCCUGAGGUUUUAUGUAUAUAAAAAGCAUUCUUUUAAAUGUUUGAGUCACUACAUGUGACAUAUAUAUAUAUAAAUAUAUAUAUACAGCUCUGUGUAUAAUAUGUAAAAUUCUCCCAAAAUACGUAAAACUAAAUGUACUCAUAUAACAAGUAUUUUAAAUUUUUAAUUAUGUCCAAAUCCCUAGACAUCCUGAAGGAGUGUUAGAUGGCUUCAAAAAGUCCUAGGUUCCACCUCGAAGCUGAUGCUGAUCUCCUUUCUGAAAAGUAUCCGAGGAGUUGAACUCGGAAAAUCUCCACUCAGUAUUGUAACUUAAUCUCCUUACAAAAAAGGAUCUUGUUCUAGAUGGAAGCCUGUUGGGAAAUACUUACUUAAAACUUGGAAAGAAUUUGUGAUGCAGGCUUAGAGACCAGAAUCCCUGCCUUCCUCUUGCUACAAGGAGUUUGCUGUGAGAAUUCAUGUGGUAACAUAUGUAAUAUAUUUAGAAUUCUUGGGAGAAUUGUAAUAUAUCAAAUAAUGGGAUAACUGUAACUGUAUAUAGUACAGGUAAAUAUUCACAAGUCUUAAUACAUUCAAUCAAUUCAGCAUCAUAUCAGUUUUUAUAUAAGUAUAUGUGAUAUACUUGAGAAAGAUGACAAUUCUAUAAUUUUGUAAGGUUAAUUUAAAGUUGCAUUUUUAUUCUAGCUUUUUUUCAAAAUUGUGUUCAUUUUAAAAAUAUUUCUCAUAAUUAGUCAUGUUACCUUCUGUGUUCCUGGAAUGGUUUUUGAAAAGUGCAAAGAAUCCUUUAUGUAUACACUGAAAAGUGAAAGAGUGACGAUAGCUCACGUCUAAGGUAAGAAGCAUGUUUUGCACCACUUCGGCAAUAUCCUGCAGUACUAUCUUAAAGACACUCUGUCAUGAUGAAAGUAAAAUGGUAACCUUCUGCCAGCUAAGAUCCUAAUUCUGACUUCUGACCAUGUGAUUUUUGAUAAAAGUUUAUAUUGCCCUUUACCUUCAAUAUUCCACUUAUUAAAUAGGGCUCAGUUAAUCUUUGUCUUCACCUUAAAUAUAAGAAGUAAUUUGUUACUGUGAUGUGAUAAAUGCUAAACUGGAAAAUCCUUAUGAAGCUACUUUAUCUGUUCAUUAAAUGUGUGUGUUUAUAUGGA